AAGGCAGACGAGGACGGGUGGCCGACGAAAUUCAAGGCAAGACUUGAAGCGCGGGGGGACAUGCAGAGGGCUUCGAUUGAUUUUGGAGAAUUGUUUGCACCCACCGUAUCAUUAUCUACUGUGCGCUUGUUGGCCACAUUAGCAUGUGGGCAGAAUCUUGACUUAUGCCAGUGCGGUAUUCAGCAGGCAUUUGUGCAGUCUGAGCUUGAUGAGGAUGUUUUCAUGCGCUUACCGCAGGGUUGUGGUAGGUUAUCUGGCCUGAUCGUGAAGCUGUGCAAGAGUCUGCAUGGUUUGAAGCAGGCAUCACGACAUUGGCAUGCGCACCUGACGAGGUGUUUGUUACUUUUAGUGUUUUUGCAGUGUCUGGCGGAUACAUGUGUUUUUCGAUUGAUGGAGGAGGGACGUGUGAUCAUGAUCAUCGUGGUCCACGUGGAUGACAUUUUUGCUGUAGGGCAGAAAGAGAUGUGUGACAACUUUGGCAGGGACCUCAACGAGAUGGUCCCCGUGAAGAAUCGUGGAGAGUUGAGGUGGUACUCCGCGUGCUUUUACGAGAGAGACGUAGAGAGAGGCCUGCUGAAGAUUUCACAACAGAGACCGGAGGAGUGCGUUACGCUUUUCACCACGGAAGCAGAGUAUGUGGCAAUUGCCGAGGUCUUCAAGGAAGGAUUGUUGCCAGAUGCGAGUAUGCCGUGCAUCCCGGUGUUCGAGGAUAAUCAGGGAGCGAUUCAGAUUGCGCACACCCUGAUCACGAACUCCAACUCGAAGCACAUCGAUGUACGGCAUCACAUUAUCAGGGAGCUGGUAGAGAGGAAGGAGAUUUCAAUUACUCAUGUGCCGACACAAUUUCAACAUGCAGACUUCUUGACCAAGGUUAUUAGCAAGGAGUCGUUUGCGUUGCACCGUGACUUUGUGAUGAACUUGCAGUGAAGGAAAUGUAUUGGGGUCAAUUCGUAUUCUGUAGUGGAGAGAGAAAGAAAGAGACGGGAUUGGACAAGAGAAAGAGAGGGUCUGGUGAAGAUGGUAGGAGUUUUGGUAGUGUUGGGGGUUUCCUUGAUUAUUUUGGAGGAGUUUUGGUUGUGAUGGGAUUUUUCUUGAUUGUAUUGGAGGAGUUUUGGUUAUGUUGGGAUUUUUCUUGAGAUUGUCUUGAGGGAAGUUUUCUUGUUUUGGAAGUGAGGGUAAUAUUGAUAUUUUGCCGGAGCAUGACAUGCAUACGAGCAGGGGGGCUAUCAGAUAUACUCGUAGCAUAGCAUGAUGCGUGAUAUCUUACGCAUACAUGUACUGAAAUUGCAGUGACGAGUGCUGAGGAACAGGAAGUUUCUUCAUAUUUUCCUUGGGAGUGUGACGGAAUGGUGGAGAUUCAUGGAGAUCUAUCUCCUAGUAUAGAUAUUCUACUUUGAGCGUGAUGAGCGUGAACCGUGACUUUAUGCCGUGACCGAUUGACGAGCUGAAGCACGCCCCCGAAAAUACAACACGUUUUCCUAUACAUCCCUACCCUACCACGGCCCGUCAUGGCCAAGCUUCUCUCUACACUCCCAACACACAGAACUGGGCCACCCGAAUUAUCGAUCAGUCUCCCUCCGUGGGCGACAGAAAUAUCAAUCAAGGCAAUUCGAAAGAAAACAAUACACUUCCAGGGCAAACGAUACAUCCCCGUCACACUACAAACCCCACAAAACUGUCGUUUUCUCCUGCUUGGAGAAGUACACGGCGCCAGAAUGGCGGGGGUGAAGAUACACACACAGCAGUGAUGUGUGGGAGGGCAUUAGGUCUCUGUAUAUGCCCAUCGGACACAUUUUGGCACCAGAACGAACACGGCCGCAGAUUUAGAAGGAAAAAAUGUACAAGCGAACGAAAUAUCUCCGAAACCCGAGUCGUUUUUCCGACGGGGGUGAUGACCAAGGUAUGCAAAUGACCAAGGUAUGCAACCACUGUGCGUCUAGACUACUGCUGUAGCUACACCCAGCCGGCCCCGCCAGCCCCGGCCUCCCUUUCAGUGUUGCUCGUACCUGCCUCCACCGCUUGUACUACGUCGAUCGGCCGCCGCCGCCGCUGCUGCUGCUGCCAAUCUUUUUUUGUCCUGUUGCGCGCCGCCAACGUCAUCCUCCCUGCUUGGGUUGCAGGAUUGCAGAAGCGGUCGAUAUUGUGAAAUAUUGAUGUUGAUGUUACGUGCCUCUCUGGCUCUUCUCCCCGAACAGCAGCAGUAUCGGUGAGGAAACCACGCAAGCUUGGCU